AUGUCUGGAAGUACAUCAAUGGUUUUCACUCAUACAUGCGAUUCAACUCGCCUUUUGGCUUUGAUGCUUCAAAACCUUGGUUUAAGGGCCAUCCCAAUUAGUGGUCAAAUGAGCCAGGCAAAAAGACUUGGAGCCUUAAACAAGUUCAAGGCUGGAGAAUGUAGUAUUCUUAUAUGCACUGACGUUGCCAGUAGAGGACUUGAUAUUCCAUCUGUUGAUAUGGUUAUCAAUUAUGACAUCCCUGCAAACUCGAAGGACUAUAUACACAGAGUGGGCAGAACUGCCCGGGCAGGACGAUCUGAAGUUGCUAUCUCACUAUUGAAUCAGUAUGAGUUGGAGUGGUUCAUACAGAUAGAGAAGCUUAUUGGUAAGAUGUUGCCCGAGUUUCCAGCCCAAGAAGAAGAAGUUCUGUUGUUGUUGGAACGUGUCACAGAAGCGAAAAGGAAAUCUCAGAUGAAAGUAAAAGAAGCGGGAGGCGGGUAUGUUUCUGGCAAGAAAGGACUAUAUCGAUCAUUUUUAAGGUGAAUUUGAUUAUGAUAUGAUAUUUGAUUUAUUGUUUUGUGGUUGUAAACAAAAUAGAUUUGUAGUUGGCAGUGAUGCGUUUAUAUAAUAUUAAAUCAUUUGAUUCUUAUUAGGGACUGGCUGCUCAUGCAGAUAAAAUAACUUCUAUUCAAAUUAGUAUGAGUUUUGUGGGUCUUUGUAUACUGGUGGUUGAUUUGUUGAGUUGGAUAAAAUUCCGUAGCAUGGUUGAUUUGUUGUUCUUCCGAGGUCAGUUAGUCAUGGAUGAUUUAUGAGAGGGAAUUGGAAUUUUGGUAGAGUUGGUAUGUGAAAAAUGAUGUUAUCUUUGUCAAAGGGAA